AUGAGAUAUGGGGUUCGUGAGUUGAUUCAUUUUUUUGUAGAAGUUGAGAAUCUUCGAGAUCUGACCUUGAAAUGUGCGUCGUUGGUCAAGUUCAUCCGUACGUCGAAACCCAAGCUCUUGGAGAUGCGAGCAUUUGGCAACAUGUGCAAAAAAAGCAUACGGAAAGGAAACGCUCAUCUCUCCGAACCAAACCAAGUUUGUACCGGUGCUCUAUAUCUUUACGGCACGUGA